AUGCCUCAGUAUUUGCUGUUGUUUCAUUCUCCAGAUUUCCAGAAGUGGAAAAGCAUUGUUACCAAAAAAUACAUGCUGGAAGCAGCCAGAACUCAGGCAGCAGUAGUGAAUUCAUCUGAUUCAGAAUAUUUCACCUGUGUCUCCACUUCCAGCAAACUCCUUCCUACUGAGGAGCGUGAUUUUCAGUACUGGAAAGAGUCUGCCAUCGCACCAUAUAUGCUGGAAGCGGCAGGAGAGAAUUCAUCUGAUUCAGAAUAUUUCAGCUGUCUCUCCCCUCCGAGCAAAACCCUUCCUACUGAUGAGUAUGAUUUCCAGAAAAGGAAAGGCAUUGCUACUGAACCAUUUAUACUGGAAGCAACCAGAACUCAGGCAGCAGAAGAGAAUUCAUGUGAUUCAAAAUAUUUCACCUGUCUCUCCACUUCCAGCAAACUCAUUCCUCCUGAGGAGUGUGGAUUGCAGAAGUUUCAAGAAAUUGUUCCUAAGUCAUAUAUGCUGGAACCAGUCAGGGAUCAGGCAGCAGGAGAUAAUUCAUCUUCCUCAGAUUAUUUGACCUCCAUCUCCUUUGACAGCACACUGACCCCUAAUGAUAAUCAGGAAACCAGUGAAUCAUCUUCAUAUGUUUCCUAUCCUGAAUCACAUAGUACGUCUGUAGAAAGCAAGUUGGAAGAAUCAGAAUAUUCUUCGUCAUUGGCAUAUAACGAAUUACCAGUUUACUUGGCCAAUAAUCCCUGUACAUGCUCAAAGAAGAGGAAAAGGGAAAGAAUAAUGAAAGUGUACUAUAUGCAUGUUAGAAUGAAGAGGGGGGUGGCUGCCUUAGAGGAUACAGAAGACGAAAGGCAGCCUCCAUGCAAAAAGACAAAAAUGAAAACCAUUGCAUUUCCUGAGACAAUCCAUACAGAAGAAAAUCUCUCUGUCGUAUCCACAGAAGAACUCCUAACUGAGAGUGAUCUCAGCUUUGAUGAUGUAGUCCAAGAGGCAUCAGAAGAUAAUGACAGACCGAUAGAUCUUCCACCUCUGGAGACAAGUUCCAGAGCUAAAACACCAGAAUGGCUUGUGGCCCAUGACAGUGGCUACAGGUGCAUGGCCUGCUGCCGAGUUUUCCCCUCCUUGGAGAUUCUACAGGACCAUGUGAAGAAUGGUAUUAAAGAGGGAUUUAGCUGCCAUUCUUUUCAUGUAGCCCUUAACUUGCUUAGAAGUAAGAACAGAAAGAGAAAAAAAGAAGUAUACGAAGAGGAGGAAAACAAAGUCAAAAAGAGCUGGACAAAAGGCAUAAGUAUCCAAUGUCACAACAUAAUUAGGCGCAUAAGAGACUUCUUUCACAAUAACCAUUGAUAGCAUCAUGACCACCAGCACAACUAUCACCACCAUCAAAAGCCCCAGCACCACCAUUAUUACUACCAUCAACAAUACAACAACAAUGGCCACCACUAUGACUACUACAACCAUUGCCACUGUCAAUAACAUCACCAUCAACAGCAGCAGCAACAAGCACCAUCAUCACUAUCUUAUCAUCACAGCCAUCACUACUAUCAAGAGUAUCACCACUACAAUCAUAAUUAGCACCACCAUCAACAGCACCACUACAAUUACCACCUUCACCGGCACUACCAGCACCACCAUCAACAGUACUAUCUGCAGCACCAUCACCACCAUACCAUGACCAUCACAACCAUUGCCACUGUUAACAGCACCAUCAAUAGCAGUGCCAUCUCUACCAUCACCACCAAUAGCACUACCAUCAACAGUACCAUUACCAACAUCAUAAUCAUUGUUAACAGCACCAUCACCUCAGCCAUCACUGACAUCAACAAUGUUAUCACCAGCACAAUAGUCAUCACCACCAUUGACAGCACCACCAGUAGCACAUUAGCAGCAGCAUCACCACUAUUAUCACCAACAUGGCUAGCACCACCAUCACUAGCCCAUAACCACCACAACCAUCAAUACCAUAAAUAAUAGCACCAGUACUGCUAACACCACUGUCAGCAGCUCCACCUUCAACAGCACCACCAUCUACAGGACUACUAUUAUCAUCAUCCCAGCACCAUGAUCACCACCACCAGGGCCACCAGCACCAAUAUGGACAGUAGCACUUGUACCACAAGUAGGAUUAGAGAAGCCCUUUAGAUAAUAUUCCCCAGAAGAAAAAACAAGUUUGUAGACCACAUCAAGCUAUAAAGCAAAAAUGUCCUCAGGCAAACUAAAGAGCAAUGAAUACCAGUAUAUCAUCUUUAUCACUGGAAGAAAUUCAUUUGAAAUAGAAACUGCUAUGGACUGGACUUAGAAGAAGAGGCGAGGUUCCCAGGGCACCAAGAAUCUGGUUCUAUAUAAUCAACAGAGAGGAGAUAAACAUGGACAAAGCUGAGAAGACUUUGCAAAGCCAGGUGCACGCUGCUAUAGCGGAGAGUGUCAUUUUUAGUUAGAAGGAAAAUCAGACUUGUCUUCAAUAUUUCUAAAGUCACAGAAUCAAAACAGAAGUUGUCCUGAGAUUAGCUGAAGACUUGUCUCUAUGAUAAGAACUACCUUCCUGACUUAAAGGUGUUCUUUUUUAUUUUGCUUAUCUCACAGCAAAAAAUGGUAUGGAUUAUACAAGGAAGGAGUUUCUCUUCACCAAGCUGUCAGCACUUAAGAACUGAGAAAAUACAAGAAUAAAUAAUUUUUUAUUAAUCUAUUUUAUAGUACAGUAAAAUAUAUUAUAGAAAUUUUCUUUAAUAAUGUGGAUUAAUAUUAAAGUAGAACUAUUUGUUAUUGAAUGUACCCACUGAAGGAAAAGCAAGGAAUGAGAGAUGGAUAAGAGAGAAAUGAAAGAGAUACACAGGAGAGUAGAGAUACACAGGAGAGUUUAUUUGUCAGAGCUGACAAAUAAAGGCCAUCUCUCUAUAGGAGAGAGAGGCAAAACAGGCUGAGUUCUGGGACUUUUAUGAGGGAGGCUCAGGAAUCAGAGCUGGGCAAGUCCUUAUGCUUUAAGGAUUGGGUUGAUAUGAAUGAGUGGAGUGGCUUUCUCAGAAACACUGUUGGGUGGGAAAGUGAAACUUUUUCCUUAAAAUGGAGGUUGUCACUUAAGGUGGCCAUCAAGAUGCUAAUCACAAGGACCUUAAACCCACUAUAACUAUAUCUUCCUAUUUUCAAAGUCAAACUCAGAAAUAUAGAAUAAUAUUCUAAUAAAACUCCAAGUUUUAACCUCCUCCACAUUUAUGGGAAGAAGGUUUUUCAGAUAACAGCUCAAUUGUUUUGGAGUAGUAGUUACCAUGGUAACUUUUGUAAUAGAACUAUAGACCAUUGCCUUAGCAAUCAAGGAUUGAUUACUCAUUUUGGAGAAAAACAGGGGAAAGGAACAGUAGACUCUAACCUGUUUCCUUUCUUUAUUCUUUUAGCUUUGUCAUUAUUAUGCUAAAUAAAGGCAGUACUAUGUCCCUUUUGAA